UCCACCACCACCACCAACACCACCACCGACACCAACACCAUUAUCAACACCACCAACACCGUCACCAACACCAUCACGAUUUCUCCUCAUUUCAUUUUUCUCUCAUUUCGCAAACCCCCAUCACCACUCUACCACCAACCACAUCGACACCUUUAUUUAUUUAUUAAUUUAUUAUUACCAUUAUUAUUAUUAUUAUUACCAUUUUCAUUAUUAUUAUAAUAUUACUAUUAUUAUUAUCAUCGUUAUUAUUAUUAAUAUUAUUAUUGUUAUUAUUAUUAUUAUUUCGUCUUCUUCCUCUUCUACACCUUUCUUCUUCUUCAUCAUCAUCUCUUAUACAUCAACCACAACCUCGGUUAUAAAGCUUUGAUGUUACCGCCGAAAGCACAAACGAUGGAUGUCUGGAUCGUGACUUACUACUUAAUUUCGUCCUUGAUCAUUCUUAUUAUCGUCAAACUGCUGGUUCGCGACCUGCGCUGGGAGCUACACGGACUAGGCAUCUUGGGUUGCCGGUUAAAACACAAGCACUUACGGCGGCCGCCCGGUCCUCGAAGCUGGCCGCUUAUUGGCAACCUUUUCCACGUGUUGUGGAAACCGCUGCACAUAGCCUUGACCACACUGGCCAAACGGUACGGUGACCUGAUGUGGCUACGGAUGGGCGGCGACAACGUGUUGGUGAUUAGUUCGAUGGAGGCAGCCCGCGAAUGCAUACUCAAACAAGGAAGAAUAUUUGCCGGCCGACCGCGGCGCAGACAAACUGUGAAAACAUUAUUGGGAGAUGGACGCGAUAUUGCCAUGAGUGACAUCGGACCUGAUUUGAAAUAUUACAGGCGACAAGUCCAUUCGUUCUUCGCAUCACCCAACCGAGACAACCGGGCCCGACUUGAGAGCAUUGUCGGCAUGGAAACCAGGUCGUUAAUGAAGGCCCUGGACGCAUUCGCGUGCAGCGGGGACGCAUUCGAUCCCCAUUAUAACGUCGCACGUGUUGUAGCGAAUGUGCUCUGCUUACGGACUCUAAACCGUCGAUUCGAACAUGUCGACGCUUCCUUCCACCAACAGCUGCGAAUUAUCCAAGACAUUGUGGACAGUAUCGAGAGUUUUAACAUUGUCGAUGUUUUUCCAUGGCUUCAGUUAUUCCAGAACGAUUUCGUAUUUGAAGGUAAAAAAAAAAUUUGGAGAACAUUCUUCGAGAUGAAGAUGGUGACAUUGUGCCAAGGCAGACACAGACAAAAUUCGGCUGUUGUAGAUACCGAUCACAAGUUAUUGAUGUUAUUGUUGUUGUUGUUGUUGUUUAACACUCGAGAUCUUGCUGAUGUCACAAACCAUUCGUUUAGUGUGGCCCAGCAGUUUGGCUAA